AUGGUCCAAGACCAGCUAUCCCGAAGAAGCUCUCUUGAAGGUGGUAAGGCUGAUACGUUCACGUUUACCAGUUGCAAGCAUGCAUUGCUACAAAUGAGCUUUCUUCACGAUCGAGUGCCCAUUUUAGGGCCUAAAUCGGAUCCAGUUGUGGUAGCAGAGCUUAUCAACUGCUCCAAGGCCCAGAGGCUCGGUCUUGCAAGGAGUGCUUCCGAAGGGACAAAUGAGAUGCAGUGGUGUGGAGUUCUAGAUCAGGCCAUAUCCAAGACGCUCUGGACAUCUUCUCCCAGAUGGAUGCCUAUGCGGAAACUGGCAUGCCUCAGCCAGCGCAAGGCCUCUCAUCAUGCCGCUAAAUCCUUCCUUCUUAAAAACCUCCAUCCUGCUUUCUUUCCUUUUUCUUCUGCGGAUUUCUACGAUGUGGAGAUAAUGCUAAUGUUAAAGGAAGGAAGAAUUAUUUGUUCUUUGGAUUUUUCUAUAGAGGAUGCGUUUACUGAGCUGAGGAAGAAGGGCCUUGCUGCCGCGACGAAGAAAUCUUCUCGUGUGGCUGCGGAUGGAUUGCUUGGACUGGCACACUUCGAGAAAGGUGCCGCGGUCAUAGAGAUUAACAGCGAGACUGACUUUGUUGCUCGAAACGAUCUCUUCCAGAGCCUUGUGCUGUCAGUCGCAAAAGCGGCAUCCACAUUGGAAGCUGUCCAACAAUUUUCUUCUAAACCAGCUGCUCUUGAUUUGCACGAUUUAGAGCUUGUAAAUGUGAAGCUGGAUCACGCAUCAAUCACCAGAGAGCUUUGUGUACGCGACGCAGUCUCGGAAGUUGCCGCUAUCACUGGAGAAAAUGUGAGACUUCGAAGAGCUUUCUAUAUAUCUUCGCAAAGAGGGAUCGUGUCCUCGUAUUUGCACAUGAGUCCGGCAUCAGGCUUAUCUCGGCUCGCGGGGCUCGUUGCGCUCGAGGUUGAAGAUGAUCAAGAAGGCUCGCAUUCGGAAACACUGAAAAGCUUGGGCUCGUCUCUUGCAAUGCAUGUUGUUGCUGCAAGGCCUCUGUUUUUGUCUAAGGAACUCGUGGACUCUGAAGUACUGGAGCAUGAGCGGAACAUCUGCAAAGCACAGGCCUCGACUGCUGGAAAGCCAGAGAACGUCGUCCAGAAGAUGGUCGAAGGCAGGCUUGCCAAAUACAUGGAAGAGGUUGUUCUUCUGGAGCAGAAGUACGUUGCAGACGAAACGAAAUGGAUCAACGUUCUGCUAAAAGAGACGUCCAAAGAAAUCGGGAAGACGGCCAAGAUCGAGGGAUUCCUGCGAAUAGAAGUCGGGGAGGGGAUCGAAAAGCUUGAAAAGGACUUUGCUGCCGAGGUUGCUGCUGCAGCACGAUGACAGGUUCGAUAUUCAAAACAAGUAGGUGGUUUUAUUCGAAUCAAAUCAAUUGCCAAAGACGCUGGCACAUUAUCUCGAGGACAAGAUGCAAUGAAAUAACGAAUUGGAAGGUACUUCUUU